AGCGGCGCGUGUGGCGCGCAUUUGCCCCGGAGACACCCUAUCUCACCCUGUGGCGCCCGUAGAAAAGCCAAUCUGAAAAGAGUGAGAGAACGAACUGCUAAGUUACCAUUCCCAGAUGGCGACGUUACCCGCUGCGGCUCCGAUUGCCGCCCGUUUCCGCUCACCUUCCCAUCUUUCGAGCUCACGGAGCAGGAGGUGGGGAAGUUUUCGGGAUUCAGAAUUGGAGAUUUGGAAAUCAUGUUCCCUUAUCUUUCCUCAGAAUUAUGAGAGGAGGAGGACUUUAAUCUAUGCAGUUGAUCAAGAUGCUGAGAAAUCUUUCAAGACGACUGUGGAAGUAGACCGGCUAAUUGAUAUGCUGAGAGAUUCGAGUUCUGGAGAACUUGAAAAGCUUGUUGUUGAAAAUGUUUUGGCAUUCAAUGAGAAUUUCUGGAUCCGGCUUGCUGCUAGAACUGACACAUGCAAAUCAGAUGAUGAUAAAGCAUGGUUUUUACUUGUUUCUGCUGUACAGAAGGACUAUGAAGAAUUGGCCGUUACUCUAAUGAGCAUAGUUGACCGCCUGGUUCAUAAAACCAAUGAGAAGAUAGAAUCUGCAACCGAUGUUCUUAAGGGAAUCUUAAAUCCUGUGAUGGAUGAAGUUGAAGAGAUUUCAUGGCCUCCAAAAGAUCCUAAGUCUCUUAUUUUGAUGGAGAAUGCAAAAGAAGAUGGGGAUAAGCCAGGGCUGGAGGCUAUGUUGCAAAAAGUCUUGCAAGUAUAUGCCUCCAAAAUUCUUCGAAAACGUAGUUAUGCAUACAAAGGUGGAGAAGUUUUGGCAGCAGAGAAGUUUCUUGAAUCUAUAAUCGAAGGUAACCUAUCUGAAAGACAAUUUAUUCGCAUACUUUAGACAAAUUAACAAUAUAUAGAUCCUGGGUUAACAAAAUCAGAUUGCACAGCUCUACCAUUUUGCUUUACAUGCUUGGAAAUAUAUAUUAUCAACAAAUAUCAUCAUAAUUAUCUUCCCUUGACAUCUAUUCGACGGUGGCUUCAUGUAUAUUAGUUCUCCAGUGGUUCUUGUUCAGAACUGUUCCCUCCAUUGAAGUUUGCUCGUAAAUCCCUUCAGAAUUUGGUCUCAAUUCUCUGUUAGUCCUCAUUUAUAUACUACUCAAUAUGGCCAAUCUGGCCCUAUAAAGCCAGAAACUAUAAGAGUGUGCAUGAGGAAGUGAAAGUGAACUCGGGAAUUAAUAUCUUCAUAUGCAAGGUGAUGCAAGAUUGUCUAUGCAUGGGCAUAUAUAAGGGUUUAGGAUAGGUUUUGAGACCUAUAGAUUGCUGGAAAUUUAGAUUAAGAUUUGAGUACUUGAUGUAAUUGUACUAGAAAGGUAACGAGUUUAAAGGAAAAAGGAAUGCAUGGUUAUUAUCUAACCUAGGGUUUAGGUAUAUGGAUAUGGAUCUAUAAGGGUUUAGGAUGGGUUUUGAGACCUAUGAAUUUCUGGAAAUUUAGAUUAAGACUUGAGUACAUGAUAAAAUCAAACCAGAAAGGCAAUGAUUUUAAAGAAAAACAAGCAAUAUGUGGCUAUUAUCUAACCUAGGGUUUAGAAUUCUAUGGUUUAAAUUGAAUUUUUUAAGAAUUUAUGCAAUUGAAUAAUUGAAAUCAAAUUCCUAGAAAUCAAAUGCUUGAUGGGAGUAAAUUUGAUAUGUAUAUGAGAUCAAAGAUCUCUGGAAAUAAAAUACAUUUUUGAUUACAAUGAUUAUGAGAAAGGUAAACUAGGAAAGGAAUGAAAUAAGAAAAAGGGGAAAGGGAAGAGGAAGAAUAAUUCCAGACUCACUCCAAGACUUAUGAAUCACACUUAGCAUUUGAAAUCUGGGUCUUACACCUCCAUUGUGGAAUCAUAUCACAAGAAAAAAAAACUAGAGAUAUCCUUUCUUCAUUAAUCAAUCAUCAAAAUUUAUUACCUCAAACCUAAGAAGAUUGAGAUACAAAAUGUAGUAGGCUUGGCUGGAGGGAAAAUGAAAUUACUAGCUCAUCAUUGACAAGGCUUUUUGAAAUUGCAUAUGUUAGUUUUGUAUAUAGUCUAAUCAACAGCUAAUGGUGAAGUUCUUAGAGGGUGAUGUGUAGAUGAUAAUAGUGGUGGUCUUAGGUCCACCUUUUCAAAAUCUGAAGCAUGCCUCUUUGUGGUGAUCUUUUCUGUUCCUAGUGAAAAGACCAUUAAGAACCAAGUGAGGGACCUAGAACAGGUCCGUAAUCUUGGUACUAGGUACUGUACUAGUACGUUACUGGUUCAGAGUAGUAGGUCAGUAUAUUAUGAUAUGCAAACAUACUGAGACAGAUUCCAACCCCUUUUUCUCACUUUUUAUUAUGGCAUUUUCUGAAACCGAACGGUAUGGGUUGGUACGAGUCAGUAUGGUAUCGUACGCAUUCCGAUUUUGGGUGGUAUUCGGCGAUACGCUAUGGUUCAACUUGAUUUAGGAUAGUAUGGGUCGGUAUGGUUUGUUUCGAGGCCUCUACCUACCCAAAUGGUGUUUUCAUGUUGUUUCUGCCCCUGCAUGGUUGGUACGCCUUGAACUAGGCGAUUAUGGAUGGUACAUCAAACAUUAAGAAGUCUAGAUGUACUGGCUAGCACAAAUAGCAACCAAAGAUGGGUGAACCUGAUAGGUCCUUUGCUACUAGCCAGAAAUAAUUGACUCAAGAUGUUAUCAUGAAUUAUGAUGGAGUGGCUGUCCAUGAAGAGUCUGAAGCUCAAAGUUGAGUUACAUUAGAAACUGGAAAAGCUGCUAACAAUCAUGAAAUCGUUGGUUCUUGACCUGGCUAGGAGGAGAGAUGAUUCUAUUUCCAUGUUGCUCACUCCAAAUAUCAGGACAUCAAUGGAUAGAACUUUCAGAUCAACUGUUGACCUUAAGAUGCAGGUAAGCAAUUAAGAGUAGUUGCUACUCAUGAGACAUAGUGAAUGUAGACCUCGUAAGCAACUCCAUAUUUCCUGAGUUCUCCAAAUACUGGAAAUUUGCAAUUAAAUGGAUGCCUCUAUUAAUGUCAUCGGAUAUGAGCAAAUCCUUUAAUCUUGUGUCUGUCACUUGAAGUGGAUUGUUUAGUAGAUCCAAAUACCACUUAAAGUAGUAGUUGAGGAAGGCUUUGGAUUAGAGGCGUUGAACAUGUUCCUAUGGGUAACAUCCAAUAAGAUGGCCAUGAAAGAUCACAAAUCCAAACCACCUUGUUGCUCCGGCAAAUGAGCUAAACUUUCAUAGCAGAUAUGUAACUGUGAGCACUACGCUUGAAAAUGAAUAUCCAUCUAGCCCUUGGUUUGCCAAACUGGUACUGAGGUUCGUACUAGCUGGCAACUAGUCCAAUACGAUACUCGUACAGAACACCUGGCCAAGGUGAUAGACAAGGCAUGGAGGAGAGGGACAGGAGAAAAGAGAGAGAGAGGAUUCACUUGGCCAUGAAGAUCCUGACAUUGUCCUGAGAAAGAUAAGCUCAAAAAGGCCGAAGCAACAGAUGAGGCCCUUGCUAUGGAUAGUGGUGUCGUCAGAGGGGUUGCUAUGGUUUUCCUCCAGAGAACAGAAGACUAUAACCUAGAAUAGAGGCCAGAGGAGGAGCUGGGAGAGGAAGAUCGGGAGAGAAGAGAGGGGAGAGUGAGGAGUGGAAGAGAGGGAGAGAGAGAUAGAGGAUGCACCUGGUCACAAAGAUCUGGACACCGAUCUAAGGAGGAUGCACUCGAAUAGGCCGAGGAGAUGGUCGAGGCCCUCGUUGUGGAUGGCGGCAUCAUUGGAGGGGACAUUAGGGUUUUCCUUGGAGAGCGGACCAAAACUCAGAGCAAAGGCUGGAGGAGGAGGUCGGAGAGGAAGAUUGGUAGAGAGGAAGAGAGGAGAGUGAGGAGCGGGAGAGGAGGAUACAGAGUGAGAGGCGAGAGGGGAGGGAGAGGCGAGAGGGAUUUGGGAGAGAUCGGGGGAUAUACUGUUUUAUUGGCCAAACAUCCAUAAGAGUAGCAACUUGGAUAGGCCGUAUUGGAUGGACAGAUAACCAAGCCUAACCCAACCAACAAUAACCCCAAUUGGACCUGACCCAGCCCAACAAAAAGUUUGAACCAGCUAAACUCUGAAAAUCCAACUAACAGUUUGAACUAUGUUGUGUUAACACUAGUUAAUUCAGGUUGGUGUAAGUCUAGAUUGAGAGCCUAAUUGUAAAAAUUCAGAUUGGGUUCUCAUAGUUCUAAGUCAAAACUUAGAAUCGUUUACAAAAUUUUGUUGGCUUCUUCCAAUCCAAACCCAGCCCACAUUAGGCAUACAUAUGUGAGCCUAACCUGACACAAACUAUGAUUUUGGUUGUGACAGAUUCAGGUUAAUCCUGCCCAAGUUGCACCCCUAUAGGGCAUCAAAUUAACUCUUCUAAUAUAUUCUCAGAGGGGUUUAAGCAAUGAUUAUUCACAAUCAAGGCAAGAAUUCUUGUCAAGAGAGCUUCAGGCUUGACUAUGCUCAAACCAGCUAAUGGUUGGCCAUGAGUCUUUAGAAUGCUGCACUAGGAGCUCCAUAAGCUUCAGUUUAAAUUUUAAUGGCAGAUCGGGCUGGAUGAGGGGGGUCCAAUACAAAUACUGCCACAGAAUAUUGCAGCAAUCAGUACAUGAAAGAUUUUGGGCAGAUUCUUGCAACUUAUUUUGAGCUCCUUUUGACAAUCAACCACCCAGGAUGGGGUGGAGGAUGAAAAACAAACGCCCUUAACAAUUCCAGAAGCCAGCAGCCUUCUGGUGGUUGUAUAAUUGCUGAUAUUAGCAAUCCAGCAACUGACAUCAGCUGGAAGGUAUUGAUUAAAAAUAAAAAAGAAGACAUCGUCAGGAAGGCUGGAACAUGGGUUGCAUAAAGUGGUUUUAUCCCUAUGCUUUUUUGGGGAAUAAAUGCCUGUAUAGAAAAUUAUGAUAGCACAAGUCCUCAUUAAUAGUAUGUGUGGAUGAUAUAAGUAUAGAUUGUAUGAAGAUUACAUAAUAUUUGUGUUUAGUGUUUACACUACAUCUCAACAACCAAGAAAGUACUAUGAGCAAGCGCCACGUAGACCAAUUUCGGCAAAGUCAAAAAUAGGUGCGAAUCACGUGACGCUUACCGAGUUUAAUGGAGCGCUUUUAAUAAGUUCUACUAAGUGUGAAGGCUUAGACCGAAGGAGGGAACUUCGGCUAUGAUGUAGAUAAGUGGGCCAAAGGAUUGAGACUUGACUGUGAUUGACUAUAAAGCAUGUGAAGAUGGCCAGUUACGGACCAAGGUGACUGAGUCGGUUUCGGAGAUUCCCAAGUGCAGGAGAUUGUAUUGUAGGCCGAAGUGAGAGAAACGGGCAGCAUAAGCCAUGACUGAUAAGGUGUGACUAAUGGCUUGACAGUUAAUGGAAGACAACUAUGCGAUCAAAUGUGCGUAGUGGAAGAUAACUGUCAUUAGUUAUGGUGAGUUGCAGUUGACUGAACUACUGGAAGAUGUUUCGAUCAACACCUGGCCGAAGUUCGAGAUUGUUGGUCAUGAUGAGUUACCGUUCACCGGUGAGUCGGCAAAUCCAUGUUGACAAUAAAUUUUGAUCGUUUGCCUGAGUGAAGGGCAAAAUUUUAACGGCCUCAUAAUACUGGCCGUGAGCGUCACAAAGGCUGAGAGGCAACUUAUCAAAGGGAGCUUCCAGAGGUUUUGUAUGUGAUGCACGUUUCAUAUGCCUAGGGCAAUAUGACAAUGUGAGUGUUGACUCGGCCUAGUACUUGGCAUUAUGGAUUGUUGGGGGAGCGUAGCUUCCCCCCCCAAGUGCAUGAGGACCUUGGCGGAUGACGGCCGACCUCGGGCGGCCGAGCUCGGUGCCCGACUCUGGAACAUCCGACCCAAAGAACCCCCGACCUCGGAAGUCCGAUCUCGCCGCCCACCUACCACGGUUGCGUCCCGCCGAAGUCCAAUCAGGGGCCAUACUCUGCCACCGCCUCCGGCAUUUAAUGCGCAUGCCCUCUGCAAACCCCCGACUCAC